GGCUGGAGGCGGAGUGAGCCGGCGGCGCGCACGGCCUGGGGAGGGGGGGGGUUCCCGCCAGAACCCAAACCCAUAGACCAGGUCGCAGGACUCGCAAGUCCGCGCCCGCCGGCGCCCUCACACCAGCCGACCGCAAAAGGGUCGAGGGAGGACGGGUUGGAGCGCCGAGCCUGGGUCUCCCCUGAAGGGAUUAUGGUGGGCGUGCGCCCGGAUGCUUGGUCUCAUGCACCCUGUCCUCUUCCUCUCCCCGGAGGGGAGGCAGGUCGGUGGGCGGGCAGAAGCGCACCUGGGUCCGUCCUCUCGGGGCUUUGCUCGCUCACGCACGCGUGCGCAGAAGGGCAGGAGGGCGAGGAAGGCGCGCCGAGACCCGGGGCCACCCGACCUGACAGCCGCCGCGCCGCCCCCCACCCCCCCGCGACGCGCGCUCGGUCUCCCUGGGCGCGCGCCGGCCGCCUCGCUCACCGGCCCCCGGGCACCGGCUGGCGGUGCGCGCGCAGCACCCCGGGAAGGUGGGGGGGGGGGAGAAGGCGCUCGGAGGUGCGCGCGCAGCCGCCCGCCAGGGGAGGGGGACGUGCGCCGCCGCCAUCUUGUCUCCCUCGCCUUACCUGCGUCCUCGGGGGCGUGCUCACCGCCCCCCUCCCGCCGAGGAGGGGGGAGGGCCCCCUCUGGGUCGCCGCCUUCCCCGCCUCGAAUUCCCCUCAGGGCCGCCGUGAGAGCCACCCCCGAGCUCGCGCCGCUCCGAGUCACGCCGCGGAGGGGCGAUCAGUCAGUUGGAGAAAAAGGAGCCGCGACUCCCGGCGACCCCGCCGCCGCCGCCGCUCCCGAGGCCUCACCAAAAUGGCCGCCGCCUUCUCGGCCGCUGCCGCCACUACCACCACCACCACCACCAAGGCUCGUUAUCGCUACCGCCGGAGCGGCCCGUCCUCUCGCGAUACACAGUAACUGGAGGCUGGAGGGGCGGGUUUCCCACACAUUAAGAACCCCUUUGAAAGGCUGAGAAGAUAGCUCAGCAACUAAGAAUAUUGGCUGCUGCUUCUUACAGAGGACCAAGGUUCAGUUUCCAGCACUCAUAUUCCAGAAGUUCAUAAACAUCUGUAACUCCAGUUCCAGGGAAUCGGGCACCCUCUUCUGACCUCAGAGAGCACUGCACAAACAUGGUGCACAGACAUACAUGCAGGUAAAACACCCGUACACAUCAAAUAAAAAUCCUUAAAAAAAUGCCUUUGAGAAUCUGAUACUCCUUCUCCAUCUUAAGGACCUGUUUAUUGUCAACAAGAGUUCCAAGAAAGAUCUUGAGCCCUUGAUUACAUAGGAAGACCCUGCCCCAAGACAUAACUAAUAAUGAAGAAAGCUUGUGGGAUAAAAAUAAAAAUAAAUCGAAGACGGACAUCGGAGAAGCCAUUGUGGACAGUGGGGAAAUGGCAGUUGAAUAGAGACUGGAAGAAAGAUUCUUCACAGCUAGGUGUGCUGAUAUAUACCUAUAAUCCAAGCACUUACUGGUAGAGGCUACACACACACAUACACACACACACACACACACACACACACACACACACGUUAAUAUUCUAAAGUUCAAGAUUAUCCUGUCUUAAAAGACAUGUAUAUAGUCUUGUAGUAAGUAUGUGUCUGCUUUUUUCAAUUUAGGACUUUGUAAAAAGUUCAGUGUGUGUGUGUGUGUGUGUGUGUGUGUGUGUGUGUGUGUGUGUGUGUGUUUUACAUAAUUAGAACACAGGACAGAGGAUCAGGGUUUGAUUCCCAGCACCCAAAUGGAAGCUCCUAACAGUCUCGUAACUUUAGUCUUAGAUCUAACACCCUCUUCUGAUGCACAGACAUAACGUUCAGGCAAACACUCAUAAAAUAAAAUAAAAUCUCAAAAUUAAAGUCUAAUAUGAAUUAUCAGCAAAAAAAUUCCCCACAUUGUGUCAGUGUCCUGCCCAGAAGUAAUCAGUUUGAGUCCCUCAUAUUUAAAUGAUACCAUACUGUAUAUUGUUUUAUACUUUGCCUUUUCAGACUUGAUAUAUAUAAUAUCUGGAAAUAUAUUUGUAGAUAAUGGGACUAGGUGUGGCAUUCACCUUUAAUCCCAACACUCAAGAGGCACUGGCAGGGCAAAUCUCUGAAUACAAAGCCAACCUUGUUUACAUAGCAAGACCCACACACACACCAAAAGAAAGAAGGCAAGAAGAGAUAAAUGUAGGUAAUAGAAAGAGAUGGUUCAGUAGUUAAGAGCACCGGCUCAGGCCAGAGGACCUGAACUCGGUUCCUAGGACCAAGAGAGCUUGCAAACAUUUUUAACCUCUUCUGGCCCUGUCACUAAAAGCACAAGGUGCAUAGACAUACACACACAAA